AUGGGUCAGUAUUGUGCGGCUUGUUCAUUACGGAAGGAGACCCAUUUGCAUGGGGCCUUGUUGCGCGCUCUUUCUCAACAUCAAGCGGAGCAAUGGUCGGAGUUGGUCCGGCGCGAGCACGCGAUCACUGAGGCUCUUUUAGCCGAGCAAGCAGAGCAGAAGGCUGCACUACUAGCAGUUGAAGAAGCUGAAUUUUCUAAACUCACCCAGCGACGAGCUGAAUCGCAGGAGCGUUUGAGCAAAGAGGCGCAACUUAUGAUGGAGGUGAGUGGUCUGUGUGCCAGCAGCAACGCUACAUGGAGCAUUCUGACCAGCACAGUUUGA